AUGGAACGUACGGUUGAUAAUAAUAAUACAAGUGAAAAUACCUCUUCGUUACUUAAUCGUCGUGAUGGUCCAUUAGCACAAAAACUUGCAAAUAAACUUUCAAUUGUAGCAAAUACAAACGUAUCAAUAUCAUCAACUAACAAUCAUAAUCAUUAUAAAAGUUCACCGAAUGGUAAUCAUGAUGUUGAGGAACAAGAACAACUUAGUCCAUUAGCUGCUACUUGGGGUUUUCUACCAUCACCAACAGAAAAUGAUGAGUCAUCUUCAAUGUUAUCUCAUAGUCAAACACGAUCAUCACCAUCGAAUUCACCACACAAAUCAUCAAAUCAGAAAAAGGUGGAUCAAUCACACGAACUUACCGGGAAAAGUUCACUAUUAAUGACCAGUAAAAAUACGAAGAAAAACUUAGAUUGGGUUGCGCAAAACGAAGAAAUGCUUGAUACACCUCGGAUUAUUCUUCAAAAACUACAAUUUGAUGAUCCAGAUCUUUUUCCUGCCGAUCUAACACCUGAUUUAGUAAAAGAAUUAUCACAAGAAAGUAAUCAUCGUCAAAAUCGACAACGUCGUUCUAAUAAUAGUAGUACAACAUCAUUAAAUCCUUCACCAAAAAAAAAACGCCAUCGAAAUCCAUCGCCUGAUGAAAAAAAUUAUGAUUUUGACGAUAAUGAUGAUGAUGAUAAUGAUGACUAUCAAUCAUCAAAGAAACGUAUACGUCGUGUUGGUUUAACACUUGAACAUAUUUCGAAUAAUACUAAUAAUAAUUCAUUUGAUGCUAUGGAUGCAUUUAAGAAAAAAACUCGUGAUCGUUUAGCACAUAAAGCAUUAGAUAUAGAUGAAAAUCCACAUGAAAAUGCAUCCUAUCAACAAUUUGUUAAAUUAUUAGAUAUAUUUAAUGAUGAUUAUGAACGUCAUCAUGAUGAAAUGAAUGAAACAGAUGAUGAAUAUUAUCUUGAUUUAUUAUUAUCUGAACAUACAUUAAAUGAAAUGUCAACAUUAUCAGAAAAAUUAAAACUUUCAACAUAUAUGUCAUGUAUUGAUUUAUUUAAAUUAAAACGUUUAUUAGAAAUAUUAUCAUUACGUAUUAAACAAGGUAUUGAUAUGAGUCCUAUACUUAAACAUGAUAUUAAUGAUGAACAUAAAGAAACUGAAGAAGAUGAACGUGAAUGGAGAGAUUUAAUAUUUGAACGUUUAACAAUGUGUGCUAAUGCAUGUGAAUUAGCAUUAAAUAUAAUGACAACAUCAAAUAUGCCGAAAGAAAUUCUUGUGGAAAAUGUUAUUGAAUAUACAGCUUUAUUUAUAAAAGCACAAUUAGCUAAAACGAUUUUUCCUGAAUAUGAUCCACUUUAUCGUAGUGAUAAUCAAUCAAAAGAUCCUUUAUUAACAAAACAAAAACGAUCAAAAACAACUGGAACAAAAUGUAAACAAGUGCAAAUACUUUAUAAUAAAAUUGUUGCAUUAUUUCAAGGCAUUGCAGAUUUAAUGCCAUUAGGAAAAUUUACUGAUACAAUUAUUCUUGCAAUUUCUUCAUUUACUGUUAGUUGUAUUUUUGUUGAAAAUAUCUUUGAUUUACAAGCUCAUUCAAUAACUAUUCUUCCUGAAUUAUUUUCACGUUAUGAAGAUCAUCGUGAUUCUAUUCUUGAUGAUAUUCUUUUAUCAAUAGUACGUUUACCAACAAGUAAAAAAAGUCUUCGUUGUUAUCGUUUACCAUCAGGUGAAUCAAUACAAAUGUUUACAGCAUUAAUAAUGCAUUUAAUACAUUCACCUGUACAAACAAUAAAUUCAAAUAUAACAGAUGCAGGAAAUGAAUUAAAUUUAUUAAAUACAUAUUCAAUAGGACAAAAUAUUGCUUAUAAAUUUUUAACAUUAUUUUUUCGUUCAUGUGGAACAAAACAAGGUGAAGAUGAUUAUCGAAUAAUAUUUGAAAAUUUUCUAGCUGAUUUACUUACAACAGCUAAUCGACCUGAAUGGCCAUCAUCAGAAAUUCUUUUAACAUUAUUAUCACGUAUAUUAAUGAAAAAUUUUUCUAAUCAAUCAUUACCAAUACAAACACGUUUACAAUCAUUAGAAUAUUUAGGAUCAGUUGCAGCACAAUUAAGAAAAGAUACUAUUGAAAUAGAUGUUUUAAAUUCAAGAGAAAAUCAAGAAAGAAUUGAUCAAGUUAUUCAUAAAACUUUAUUAAGUAUUGAAACAGAUGAAGAUAUUUUAGAAGUAUAUAAAACUGAUCCAUUACGUCAUCAUCGUAGUUUAAUUAUUUAUCUUAAUGAAUUAAGUCAAAGUGAACCAACUGGUCACUUUGCAAAAAUGUUUCAUAUUGGUCAAUGGCUUCGUGAUAUUAAUUUAACAAUUGAACGUUUAAAUCAAACAUUAACAAGACGAGUUAAACCUUCAAAUCAUGCUGAAUUAGUCGAUGUUGAUACAGAUGAAUCAAUAGAUAAUAAUAAUCCUUCGAAUCCAACUAUAACAGUUGAUGAUGAAAUUGAAUUUAAAAAAAGUGAAAAACUUACUAUACUUAAAAUGCUUACAUUACCGAUAACAAUACGUAAACAACAACGAUAUACAUUAGAUAUUGAUUAUGAUGAUAUUUGUUUAUUAAUGCGAUAUUUAACAUCAAAUCGACCAUUUUUAAAAACAUUUGAUGUUUAUCUUAAACAAUUAGCUGCUGUAUUUCAAUCUGAAGCAGGAACAAAUAUACGAAGUAAAGCAAUGAAAUGUCUAUGUACAGUUGUUGAAGCUGAUCCAACAAUAUUAGGAAGAAAUGAUAUUAAAUCAUGUGUUAAAGUUGGUUUAACUGAUAAAAGUGUUAGUGUUCGAGAAGCAGCUAUUGAUCUUAUUGGACGAUAUAUUGUACAUAAACAAUUACUUAUUUUACAAUAUUAUGAUGUUCUUUGUGAACGAAGUAUUGAUACAGGUAAACAAAGAUUUGUAUCAGACGGAUAA